UCAAGAAUCAUUUAAUUGUGAAUCUGAGUUAUAUUAUAUGUUAAGUCCAUCAAAAUCUAUAAUUUCCGGGUUAAGUGAAAAGUCUUAUGUAAAUAAUUAUAAAGCGUUUAGAUUUUUUAAUAUUAUAACAAAUUACUAUUUAAAUAUUCAAAAAGACGUUGUAUGUAGUAUUGAUUAUAUAAUAUCUAUCGGUGCAUUUGAAUCUUCAUAUACAGGCAGCAAUAACGGACAACAAAUCAGAAUUAAUGACGGAUUAAUAAUAAAUAGCGGCAGCAACAUUAAUUUAGGUAAUAUCGAUUUGAACAACAACACCGAUAUAGACUUUACUUUCCAAAAGCGAGUUGAUCAAAUUGAAAAAAUAUGUAAUGACUUGGACAUUUCAUUCUCAUUAUAUAACAAGUCUGAAAUAUAUCAAAAACCAUUAAAUUCAGAUUCUUCAGAUUUGUCGGUUAUAAAUUCUAAAAAGGAAUUAAAAUCUAUUGCCAUAAUUAAUUCUAAAAUAUUGGAUUAUAUGAACACUAGUAUGAACGAUCCUAAUAAGAAAUCAUUUCAGCAAUUAGAACUUAAAUAA